CCAGCUUGCACGAAACCAGAAUGGCUGAAAGUAACCCAAUAUUUGGUCUUGCAAAAUUAAAUGUUACUGCAAAGUUGGAGAAUUUUUUUAAGAAGUAUGUGUACAGUGGAGGGUUUUUAGCCAAUGAUAUUUCUGAAAAAUUAUUUGAUUAUGGCGAGGCUAGUCAAGCUUGUUACAAGAUAGAGGAAAGAAUCAAUAUAGAUACACUAGAAGAACUUAAGAAAACAUUUGCACAGGCCGAUACCAACAAGAGUGGACAACUUGAACUAAAUGAAUUUAAAGCACUUCUUAAAUCAAAACUUGCUGUCAGUGGAAAUAGGGAAGCACAGAUAGAUUCACUGUUUAUGAAGAUAGACUGGGCGUCGGAGGGAGCUAUUACUUGGGAUGAGUUCUGUACAUACAUGCAACUGGAGUAUGCCGAGAAAGAAGACUCGUACAAAAGGGCGAAAGAUGUGGACUUUCACCUGCCAGCCAAGAUAACCAAUAUUCCACAUAGAGAUCCUAUGUUAAGGAUAACUGAUACUGUAGAUGGCACCUUUGUAGCUUGCAGUCAGGAUGGCAUGGUAUCAUUCUGGUCUCCUGGUAUUGAACUGAAGAGAACGAGACAUGUUGUGAACACAGAGCAGUCCUCGAGAGCAAAACCAAAAUGGAUCACAGACUUUGUUAUAAUGCCACAGUACAACAAAUUCAUUGUCGGAACAGGGGAUCGUGAGAUACAAUUUUUUGAGCUGUCCUCGUUUGAGCCUUAUUGUCAGAUAAGUGGUCUUGAAACUGUGCCACUUAAACUUGAUUACUGUGAUACUGGACAUGAUGAAUGUCUGAUUUUGUUUGGAGACAGCCAAGGGGCGAUUAAUAUACUAGUCAUAACAUCAGCUGGAGAAUGUCUCAGAACCUGGAAAAAGAUGCCUAAAAAUGAUGGUUUUAUAGCAAGUAUAUCAUUGAAUGACGCUGUUGGACCAAAUGUCAAUUUUAUACGCUGGGCAGUGCAUGGGGAUUGGGUACAACAGUUGAAAUAUUACCAUGAAAUAGAGCAGGUGAUCUCGUGUUCAAACCAUGCUAAUACUGCACUUGUUAUUGGAUGCACCACAGGAAGUACUCAUGUUGAGCAGCAGUUGAAGGAACUGAAGGAUGGUGGGAAGGAUAAUAAAGAACCAAAAGAUAAUCGUGAUGCUAACGUCAUAUCAUCUAAUCAGGAGAAAAAACAAACAAACAAAUACACAUAUGGAGUAAUGAAAAACAGACUAGAAACAGACCAAUCAGUGUUCAGAGUUUAUAAAGGUGUAAAGUGUUUUGAUUUUUCAAAAGAUAAAAACAUUAUUGUGACCGGCGGAAUGGACAGGAUUGUCAGACUUUGGAAUCCAUAUGUAUCCGGGAAACCAACUGCGAUGUUAAGAGGACAUAGUGCCCCCAUAUUUUUCAUAUUUGUGGCAGAGGAAGAGAACAGGAUAUUCAGUAUUUCUACAGAUAAAUGUAUCAAGGUAUGGGAUAUACAGGAUCACACUUGUCUUCUCACUAUACGACCCAAGAGUCACAAAAUACGUGGCGACCUACAAGCUGUUCAUUAUUCUAAUAUAUCAAAAACUGUUGCCGUAGCAACUGACCAGAUGGCAGGACUCAACUUGAGGCUCAAAGUUGAAAAAGACAUAGUACAUGUAGGCGGCAGACCAGGCCUGAAUGCUGAUAUUGUGAUCAGUCAUAAAGAACCUGUCACUGGAUGUAUGUACAACCCAAGCUUUAAACAGGUCAUCACAUGCUCCGAGAGUUCUGUAAUUAAGAUCUGGGACUUUGAAACUGGCACACCUAUAUUUGAAUAUGGAGAAGCACACGGGGACUCUGCCAUCACAUGCAUGACCUUUGACAAGUGUGGAAGAAGAUUGAUCACAGGUGGUAGAGAUGGUCUUAUAAGAAUCUGGAACUAUAACAAUGGACACUGUCUGAAGGUGCUACAAAAAGCCGAUAAAGAUGACAACAACAACAACAAUGGCAAUAAAGAGAAAGAAAAGGAAACUGACGAAGAAAGAAGUAUUGAAGAUAUAAGGAUGAUACGUAGAAUUCGUAAUAAAGGACGGAGUAAAUCUUUUGCUAAUUUCUUCCUAACAAGUGUUCCAGAAGUUGACAAUGAUGUAAAAUUACCUAAGAAAGAAGUGCGACCAGUUAUAGAGGAAGAAAAUGAAGAGAUCUGUGAUUUAUCAUACGUUGAAAUGAACCGUAAUCGUUACAUAGUUGGUGUAGGUUGGGAUCGACGAAUCAACAUAUACAGUGACGACCUGGCAGACAGCAAUAUACAUCAUAUACAACAUCCUCUACCCAACUGGCAAGAUGAUAUUAACCGAGGACAUAAAGAGGAUAUACUGUCAGUAGCUCAGUGUCCACCUAAUCUUCUAGCCACAGCUAGCUAUGAUGGACAGGUGAUUGUUUGGAACAUGGUCUCGGGACAUAUAUUUGCUCAUUUAAAAGCUCCUAAGCCUCCAGAGUACCAAGAUCAAUCAUUGGAUGGAGACUUGAGUAUUAACAAACUGGUGUUCAUGCAGAGCCGUGCCUACAAGAAAGAUGCAGCCACUCUAAUAUCAAGUGGUCCACGGGCACAUAUACACUUCUGGAAUGUAUUUCAAGGGGGACAACUGAUGGCACAGUUUCCAGGGUCAAAUUCUAAAGGUGCAAUGGUGAGUGUAUUGGAUGUUAACAAGGCAAACACUGUGCUGUUCUCUGGGGACAGUUAUGGAUUCAUUUAUCUUUGGAAUGUAGAUGGAUACUGCCUUAAACAUAAAGAGCAAGAGAGUCCUGAAGUGUUAGUUACAUGGAGGGGUCAUGUGAAAAGUGUCACAUCUCUUGCUCUAGUUGAAGAACACAAGCUGUUAAUAAGUGCUUCCGUAGAUUGUACAGUUAGAAUGUGGAACAUGGAGGGACAUUAUAUUGGUACUUUUGGCCAGCCAGAUGCCUGGGACAUUUACAACCAGUCACUAUGGCAACACCCAAUGGUUCCCUAUGAUGUACUGAUUGAUCCCAUGAGUUUACCAGAUCAUCCGGUUGUUGCGGAAAAGCAGACCAUGCAGCAAAUUAUCCAUGAAGACAUGGCUAAGAAAGCUGAAACUGAAAAUGGUCCGAGAACUCCUACUCCACCCAUAGUAUACAGCAAACAACAAUAUGAUAAUGAUGAUGAAAUAGCCUCACUUAUUAGGGAGAAAACAUUUAAACAGGGUACAGGAAAAAGACAAAGGCACGAGAAAUUGCGCCCAGUACGUGUAGAUCGUGGAGGUCCAAGUGAGUACCAGAUGUUGCGAUGUGAAGAUCUGGAAGAUACCCCACGGCCAAAAACACCUACGUUAAAACUCAACAAAGAUGAUCCGUUCAGUUUUUACGACUGAACUGGAUAAUAAUACAACUAUAUAUUUUUAGAAUAUGCAUUUCGGCAAGAAUGCCGCGCACAAUAUAUAUUUCAAUGAUAAAAAAAUCUAUUUAUAUUUAUUAUGUAACUUAGUUUAUGAUAUGAGAUUAUUUAAACGCUAGUAUUUACUGUUAUUAAAGACAAGAAGUAGAGAUGGAUACAUUACUGGUGUAACUCGGUGCAUUUCUAGAACAUGUUACACCGGUUUUGCGAGGAUUGUCUCAAAUUGCGUUAUUUUUACUGCUGAGUUACUCUACUGUUGUUUUAUUUUACAUGCUUCACUGAUGUAAAAUUGUCACUGUCAAUGUUUGUUUCAUUUUAUAAAAAAAUAAUAUUUUCAAAACAGUGUAAAUGUUCAGUGGGUAUUAUUUUUUUCUUAAUAUAUGACCAACUGAAAAGGGUAAAAAUAGAUAUCCAAGAGACAUUGUAAUUUUUUAAUUUAUGUACAUGUAGCACAAAUUAGAUGAUGUUGAACAUGUGUGAAAAGUGUUUGUUUUGUUUUUGGAGUAUUUUUUUCAGAUAUGUUUUUGGAGCCGUUUUUUUAAGAUAUCUCUGAAAAACAUGUGUACUUUAAUAUCAGAAAUUUACCAAAGGUACAUUUUUUUUUUAGUUUGCAGCUUUUUGAUAUAAAUUAACAAUAUUUCAUUACUUUGUUUUUUGUUUUGAGAAUGGAUAGAUUUGCUUAACAGUCACGUGUCACACAGUAUAUCUGUCCGACUUUUUAUGUGCGUGAGUUGCAUUUGUUUUCUGUCUUGCUUACACAAUAUGUUAACACUUUAUACAUUUCCCAAUUUGUCUGUGAUAUACAAAAAGAUUAUUUCAUUUUGAUAACAUCAUUUUAUUUCUUUUUUUUAAUAUGGUUUGUUUUUAAACAAUCUCAUUUUGUCAGCAAUUAAUUACCUCCCUUUUUCUCUCACUGCCAACUCAUUAAUUAAUCUUCAAGCCUGUUUAAAGAAAAGUACAGCAUGUAUGUACUGAUAAUCACCAAUGGUAACAUAAAUGGAGAUGUCUUCUCAAGAAAAAGCUGUGUCAUUACAUACUAGUACAUGUAAUUCUAAUGGAGAAUGUAAGAUUCAGCGAUUCUUUAUUGUAUAUGUACGAUCUGGAUCUUUAAUGUGCUGUUGGUAAGCUCAAUGGGUAAAGCGUUGGACUGUGAAAUGGGCGACUUGGGUUAGAUUCCCGGACGGUGCAGGUCACUUUCUUUGUUUUUGAUCAUGAAAUACUUUCUACUGUCAUUUGCACUGUACCUUUGCUCUGGCAUGCACAGAAGUAACAGUUCCUUGCGAAAGUGAAAGCAACUAGUUUGAAGGCCUUCCCAGGAAAUUCAAUGUGGCUUUCUGCCGUGAUCGGGAGUGAAAUCUACCAACACUACCACAAAUGUGCUGGUUGAACACCAUGAACAGUAACCGCCUACAUAUUUGAAUUACAAAGUAAUACAGAUGAGAAUUUAUUAGUAAUUUCAAUUUCAACAUCAGGUAUUGGAACCCAACAGAGCACAUUUAUGAUAUACUAAAUCACAAAACUGUAUACAUGCACUGUUUUUGUGGGUUUUUCUUUUUGACUUUCUUUUGCAGUAGUACAUGUAAUUACAUGUACAUAAAAUCAAACAUCUUCGCAUCUUUUGUUAUAAAAUCAAAUUCCGUCCAUUUUUUUGUCUUGUUUUAUAUGGCACAUUGACUGUGAUAAAUUUGAUAGAGAAUCUGUUGUUAUAUAAGAUAUAUUUUUAAUAGUAAUUUUGUUUUCUAUGUAAAUUAAUGUUACCUUAAUUAUGAAAAUUUGUUACUGUACCCGGCAGGUUUUGCUCUGUGCUUUUAGUUUAUAUAUUGAGGGUUGAAUGCAAAACUGCAGUAACUGUUAUGAAAUAAAGAAGGACUUACAACAGUUUUGCUAACAACCCUCGAUAUGUUCUUAAGAAUAAUUGAAAUGUUGUAUGUAUGUGUUUCUAAAUAUGUGUAAAGAAUAUGUCAUGUGUGACAGAAAAUGUUGUUCUUCUGUUUGUAGAUCUAUAUGUGAAGUUUUUGAGGAGAUAAGAAAAAUAUUGUUAUGAAGCACUUUUUAUGGAAGCACAUGUUUUUGUUUGUUGUUUUUUUAUAUAAAAGGAAUACAUUUUUUCAUGAUGGAAACUGUAUAGAAAAUGACAUCAUAUUGUUUUCAAGUAGAUCUACUGGAAAUGCUCCUCUCACACUUAUUAACUUGGUUUUAAUAUUUGAAUAAUUCUUGGAUUGUCUUAGAGAACUCUCUCCUUUCCUUUCUUUGUGACAUCUUGAAAUUGAAAUGAAGAUAAUUAAAGAUUACAAUGAAAUAUUUUGAUUUUAAUGCUACAGGAUUUUUUUCUUAAAGUUUGUUCAGUUAUAUUUUGUUUGAAAUGUUUUUAUAUGUUGUUCACCUGGAAGGAUAGAGUAAUGUAUAUGAUGUGAUAAUAAGUCACGUGAUGUCUUUGAUCAUUGUUUAAACCUUCAGUAUUCUCAUAUGCUGAAACAAUCAUGUUAAAUAAAAUAUUUCACUGUC